AUGGGCUCAACACACUGCAAUCCAAGAACGGCGUUCGGUCUGCGUCCACACCCCAUUCAGAUAGAGGUUCACAAAACCAGGGUCACAGACUACCUUAAAAGCAGGCACAGCCAAUCAAAAACAUCAACUGCAAACGACAGGAUACCUGCCACCCCAGCCACUCAUGUGCUGAAAGACAGCCUUAGACCAGCUAUCACCAUGGACACCGAUGAUGAGCGUUUUGUUGACGAUGUGGAGGACGAGGAAAUCGAAGAGGAUGCCCCAGAAGAUGAGCAUGAGACAAUGGAAGACUUACCAGCUGCCCGGAAUUCAAACAGCAAGUCAGCACCUCGCUAUUCCAUCCCAAAGAGGGCGAUGGGUGCCGUAGAAAUUCCCAUGAUCGUUAUGAAUCUGGAUAGGACGGAAAAGGCUUUUGGGAGCAUCUCUUCUUUUCAGAAUAUUCUCGACACUGAACGAAACACAAUACCCUUCUAUCUCAAUCCUGAGAGUCCAUUCCGUAGGCCUAUCAUGUCUCAUAGUGCCACGAGCCACAACGUGGUACUGAAGGUGACUGUACCAAAACGGACUGGAAGAAAGCGCAAGCGAGGGACCGAUGGGCCUUGGGAAGGUGAGGUCGAGAUGACUGAUGUCCCUAGGUCAGGGGUUUCAGGGGAACAGAUUUAUUCCAGGUCACGAUUAGAUAACCCAAAGAUUUUACGACGUAAGCUGCAAGACAAUGUCGGCAACUACGAUGUGGAAGCAGUUGGGGUCAUCAAGCACACUCACCGAUUUCGAGGCAUGGCAGAUUUCCACUGGAGCUUGGAAAAGUCCCCCUUCAUUUCAAGAUUCAUGGACCAGGUCAUGCCAGGCGACAUUACCCAAAUGAGGAACUUCAAGUUCAUCGACGGCGUCGACAAAGGACCGAACGUGGACAUUAUCCCACCGCCCGUGUGGACACCGAUGACGCUGCCUUUCAUAUACAAUUACUCACAAAAUCCCUAUGUUCGCUCAGAGCUCGACCAGACUGGACAGACAAAGCUCAUUAACACCCAAUUGCCCACUCUUAUCGGCUACUUCCUGAAAGCAGAUCAAUAUCCUAUCCCGACAGGUCCACAGAUGCCCUAUGAUGGAACCGACGAUGAGGUUACGACGUGCAUUGCCAAGAUGGAAGAAGCAAUGGAAGAACGCCCGAUAUGGACACGGCGCUCCCUUCUCAAUAAGCUGGGUUCCAUCGUCCGUAACGCCAACGUUAUGAAGCGCUGUGUCGGUUAUGUGGGCUAUCAGUUCCGCGGCGGGCCCUGGCGAGACGCCAUCAUCAAGUACGGCAUCGACCCUCGCACUGACCCGGCAUAUAAGACAUACCAGACAAUGAUCUUUAAUAUGCGCAAGCUGCAAGCGGGCCAUAUCGGCGAGACAUGGCACGCCAUUCGCAGUCUGCGUACGGAGCAGCGCCAGCCACAGGGUGAUAACCACGAGAGCCACAUCUUCGACGGCAAGUCAUACUGGACCGACGGCAAGGUUUGGCAGAUAUGCGACAUUACAGACCCAUUGAUUGCCAACAUAUUCGCCACGGCUCCGGAGCGGCCCGAAGUUGACAUUUAUAACAGCGGCUGGUUCCACCAAGGCACAUGGGCCAAGGUCAAGGGCAUCAUGAAGACCAAGAUGAUCGCCAUCCAGUUUGGCCGUAAGCUCAAGGACGAGGACUUCUCAGGCAUUGUUGACGUCCGCGACACCACGCCACCCCCUGGAUCAUCAAGUGUACAUGUGCCUCUGCCAGAUCUACAACUUACCGAUGCUGAGAAGCGGGUACUCUACGGUAGGCGGUUCAAAGAGCCCAAAAAGAAACGCAAAGGUACAGCAUAUCGUGUCACUAAGGCAAACGGGCCGAGGAGCGUGGCAGCAGCAGCCGCUUUGGGUGCUGCCGAAACACCCAGCACGGAACAGGGCGCUCAGGAAGAGCUGAUGUCUCUCGCCGGUGAUGACAGUCUUGACGAGGACGAUAGCGAGGGUGAUGAAGAAGACGUGGGUCUAGGAUAUGAUAAUCCUGACUUCGCCCCUGGUGCCGGUAUAGACGAAGGCGAAGGUGAAGAGGAGUAUGCAGAAGAGUACGAUGAUGGGGAGGGAUACGGAUAUGACGAGGAGGGUGAAGUUUACGACGAGACGUACACCUAUGGUCAUGGUGACGAGGCGCCUGAGCAGACUGGAUAUCCAAUUUACCAUGAAGAGGAGCCACAUAUUGAAGAAGCAUAUCCUUCGGCAGCCUUACAAUGA